CCAGGAUUACAGCACAGUCAGUGAGAAAUCAGAGAUGGGAGUCCAUGUCUGUGCCUUUCUCCUGCUCAGGAAAACCUCCAUGGGGAACCAUUUACUGCCUUUGGGGUGCAGGACUUGCUUACAUAGUAGAACUAACUCUGAGUAGAUGUUUGAGGUGUUGAUUGUGUGAUUAGAUUACUGUGUCACUGGUGAUUCAGAUCUUCCUGCUCUGGCCUGUGAAGCAUCAGGUGCCAACUCCUGCUGUGGCUGCUCCUGCUCCUGCUCCCGCUGCAAGUGUUAAAUUCCAAGGACUCACUAAAACUGGCAAGAUGAAGGUGAAAUGGACCCAAGUGGGUUUGGUGUUCUUCCUCGUUUUGUCACUGGUGAUGACAGGAUGCUUCCUCUGGCAAUACCAGCUGCCAAAACUGCUGCCAGAUGAUGAGAUGGGUCGGAAUGCCAAAUCAGAGAUGAUGUGUCCUCGCUUCCCCGAACCUCUGCCGCUGGAACAUCCUAUCCCCAGUCUGAAAGAGGCCCUGGAGAAGGUAGACGCUUUGCUUCGGCAGAGUGUUAACCCUAUCAGCCUUCCCUCUUUGUCGGCCAUCGUGAUCUUAAAUGACACUGUUUUGUGGACUGGCAACUUUGGAAAAAGGAAUGGCAGUGACCCUCUCUCAGGACCCCCCAGUGAGUACACCAUAUACAGAAUUGCAAGCCUGUCCAAAAUCUUUCCGACACUGAUGCUGUACAAACUGUGGGAGGACGGGAAGAUCGGCUCCCUGGAUGACCCUCUGGAGAAAUACGUGGAGAACUUCACCAUCAAAAACCCUCUGGGGAAGACGCGGGACUCUGAGCUGAAAUACGUGACAGAUGGCCUGAUAUUUCUGGACAGCGGGGAGGUUCAGAUCCGCUCGUCCUCUGUCACCCUGCGCAGGAUGGCCAGCCAACUCUCAGGCCUGCCCAGGAGACUUCGGGCCACGAGUCUGCUUUGGAAAGGAAAAACUCAAUCUGCAAUCAAUCUGCUGCAAGAUGAUGUCCUCGUCGCGGACCCAGGCACCAAAUGUCACUACAGCAACCUUGCCUUCUCGCUGCUGGCUCAUGUGAUGGCCGAGCGAGUGGCUGCCGUCAACUACCAGCGGUGGAUCACAGACAACAUCCUGGACCGGCUGGGGAUGGAGGACACCGGCUUUGACAUCACCCCGGGGCUCCAGGGCCAGAUGGCUGUGGGGGUUUACUCUAACGGAAAGCCUGCCCCGCUCUAUGACCUGGGCUGGUACCGACCUUCAGGUCAAAUGUUCUCCACGGCCGCAGACUUGGCCAAACUCGCCAUGGUGCUGCUGGGCGCUUACCACCGCAAGAUGCUUGAGCCAGACUCGUUGAAGAUCAUGCUGACCCCGCUCUUCAGGUGCGAUAAGGACUACUUCGCCAACCGCACCGGGACGCCGUGGGAGGUGAAUGAGCUAAUGGGCUAUGAGAUGCUGCGUAAAGAUGGUGAUCUGGACGGCUACUCUGCCACCUUCUCCCUGGUGCCCAGGCUAAAGCUCGGCCUGGUGGUGCUAAUGGCGGGCAGCCGAUCGCAGAACCAGGACCUGAUCACUAAGGCCUACAGCCACAUCAUACCAGCCAUAGAAAAAGCUUUCAGGGAAGCAAGGAAGGUCCUUUCUCCACCGCCAAACCCAGAACCUUAUGUUGGCUUUUUCACCUACAGCAACAUCACUUUCUACGAGAUCAAAGCCGGGGCAGACGGAGUUCUGAUCAUGCAGCAGUUUGGACCUCAGAUUGAAGAGCUCAUCCCAGAGAAGUACAGGACAAUAAAGCUCAACUUCCUGGUCGAGCGAGUCUUCAGAGUGGUUUUUGAAAAAGAGUACCCUUGUGUUUUGCGAGUCGGCACGGCCUCAGUGUCCCUGGAGGCCCAAGAUGGACAAUUAUUUAACUUCUACACAUUCGACAAGCGCGGUUUGUCCCCUGGUUUUGACGCGCCAGGACUGAACACGUACAAUGUGGUCAGAAUAGCCCGCAGGCCAACCUUCUCAAGCUGAACCGCCGCGAUGCUGCAGGCUAAAGCAAAGUGGUGUGUCCUUGGGAUAUGCGAGGGACUGUAAACAAAAAGGGGGAUGUGAAUAAUAAAAGACCAAGUGGGAAAACUGCAGACAAAGAUGAGAUUGUGCUCUUGAUUUACAAAGAGCACGAAGAGUCACAGCGAUAUGUAGAAUGUCCUGCACAGGAAAUUAAUUACUUUCUCUGCCGAGUGAUGUAUAUGACUGUCCUUCAUUAUGCCUCCCGACUGUUCACAUCAUGGUGAUACAGUACAUGUUUUUCCUGCCUUCUUUGAAACCACUUUUACAUUGUCACGGCCUCCUCUGUCCUUGAGUUUGCAUGAAUAUUUACAUUGAUCUCAUUUUCAAUUCUCAGACCAUGAUUGCAGCUCCCCCAAACUAAUCGGAUCAUACAUAUUCAUCCCCCAGUGGUUAGAGGGAACAAAAUGUUUCUUUGUGUUACUAUGACCUACUGUUUGCUUAUGGCAGGUUGAACCAGGAUGUUUUCACGACACACAUAAAUAUGCAUGAUGUUGAUUUAAUGUCAAGAAUCACGCACGGAGAUACAAAAAUGUUUUAGCUGCCCAAUGAGAGGCGAUUAAGGACAGAGAGGCUUUUGGUCGCCUGUGUGACCCUUUGCUGUUUAAUCCCUAAAAAAUGGACUCCAAUUUCGUCUCAACCUCUAACACCAAUAUGAAUAAUACACUGCUCUGAGUGCUGCAUGGAAAUGACAGAUUCAAGUGUACAAAAAUAACUCACAGGAGGCGAAGGCGGAUGUUUUACCUUUUAUAUUAUACUGCGUGUCUGAGGAUGUGAUAGAAACGGAAUGGAUAUUGAAAAUGUUGCUCGGUCUUGAAACACCAGGUGCAACGAGUGCAAUUGAGGGAAUGUGAAGAUAUAAAUCUACUGAGGCCACUUCAUCCGUCUGCGGAUGGAAAUAUUGGAACUGGCAUUCAACUAUGUAAUGCAAUGUUGUCACGGCCAACGAAGUGAAGCUCAUUCUGAUGGAUGGUACAAGUAGAAAAGCAGUCACGGGCCGUGCAGUAUUUUGAGCCACACUGAAACAAACUGUAUCAGCGUGCAAAGUCUGUUGAUUCUCUGCUGUUGUUGAGGCGUGUUAUUUGUGAUGUCAGAUGAGGCUAAUGCAGCCUUCAGAAAAGCCACAAUCACACAAUGCAAUCAUGAUGAUGAAUAAAACUUUCUGCACUCAUAUUCUAGUCGUCAAACCAAUCCAGGCAUUAACAGCUGAAAAACAAAAAUUGCUACAUGUGGACAGCUUAAACAUUUAUUUCUUUUUAAAUCAGGCAUUGCACAAGAGCCAUAAUCAGCAAUAACUUUGCAAACCACAGUGA